CUGUACACCAAAGUGACCGUGACCAACUUUCAAGAGUUCCUUUUGUAAACCGAAUACUAGCUUGAUGUUUCUAUAAUUUUAUUCUAAGCAAUUAUGGCUAGGCCAACUAGAAAAAGUCUACUAACUAACGCAUUCAGGCUAUGGCUGCUUCCACAUGUUUGGAAAACUCUACUUUCGAGGUCUAUUCACCGAGCCGCAUGUGUUCUGAAAACAGCGAAGGGAAUUUUGUCAAGACCAGGAGCCCAGCACUGUCACCCCAUGGAGGAGAGAGGAGGAGCAGGAGGAGAAGUGGAUGAGAACCAGGUGUUGAUGGAGGAGAGGGGUGUCUCUCCUGGUGAUUCCCCAGGGACGGAGGGGGAUUCCCCGGCCGUGGUCCGGCCCCGCGACCCCCCCACCUCCACCCUGCAGGACUCAGGGCCUCGGAAGAGCAGCUCCUCCCGGUCCUCGAGGAAGAGCUUCCGUCUGGACUACCGGUUGGAGGAGGAGGUGACGGGGUCGAGCCGGGACAAACAUGGCCGCUUUACUAACCCCUGGCCCACAUGGAAGUUCCCGUCCUACUCCACCCUGCUACGCUUCUUCCUGCUGGAGAAGAACCACAGUAAUGUACCCAGCUCCAUAGAGGUCUUAGACAAAGAGCUUCCAGUUGUGGAGCCUUGGUUCCUCCGUGUCCCAGAGGCAGCAGAAGGAGCCGUGGGGUCUGGUCUCAGGGUGACCUGGCUAGGCCACGCAUCCGUCUUGGUAGAGAUGGAUGGCCUGGUCAUCCUCACUGACCCCAUCUUCAGCCAGAGGGCAUCUCCCUUACAGUUCAUGGGCCCCAAGAGGUACCGGGGUCCCCCUUGUACGGUUGAUCAACUCCCCCGGAUCGACGCGGUCGUCAUCAGCCACUCCCACUACGACCAUCUCGAUGCGGGCACCGUGACCCAGUUGAACGAGCGGUUCGGCGGGGAUCUCCGAUGGUUUGUGCCGUUGGGACUCAUGGACUGGAUGCAGAAAAGCGGGUGUGAGAAUGUGAUAGAGUUAGACUGGUGGGAGGAGAACUGUGUGCCGGGUCACGAUGAAGUCACGUUUGUGUGUACGCCGGCGCAGCACUGGUGCAAGCGCACCCCCACGGACGAUAACCGGGUGCUGUGGGGGAGCUGGUCUGUCCUGGGGCCCUGUAACCGCUUCUUCUUUGCUGGAGACACCGGCUACUGCUCCUCCUUCCAGGAGAUAGGGAGGCGCUUUGGGCCCUUCGACCUGGCUGCCAUACCCAUCGGAGCGUACCUGCCCAGAGAUGUAAUGCGUGGACAGCAUGUGGACCCGGAGGAGGCUGUGGAGAUCCACAAAGACAUCCAGGCCAGACACUCCCUGGCUAUUCACUGGGGAACCUUCGCUUUAGCUUACGAGGUCAGUCAUUUACAGUGUCAUUUCAGACCCUGGCAUCGGGCAGAGCAGGAAUAGCAGGUGAGCUUAUCUAGAUGACAUGUCGUCAUCAUCCUAUCCCGGAAGUUCCAGAAUGGAACAGGAACAUUGAAACAGUGUUCUAGAUUCUCCCACUGACAACAGAAAGGUCAUCGUAACCACAGGUGGAAUUUAUUUUCUGGGGGAACCAUUAAAGAAAUAGGUGGUUUAAAUUGUUGGCUAUACUUAUGCAAGUAUUGGAUUUACACCUCUGCUUUGUGAUGCCUUCCAAACCUCUAGAAUAGAUAGAGAAUCCAAAGAACAAAGGAGCUGUAGGAAAUGCAAUUUAUUAGCAAUUUUUUAAUAACAUAAUUCCUCAGAUAAAAAUGCAAUGUUACAGGAAUAUACAUUAGAGAUUAAUUUAAAACUUGCUUUCAAGGACCGUACAGUCUAAAUAUAUUUUUCAUUUUUUAUUUACUGGUAGCGUGCGUUAUAAGCAAGACGGACUCUGUCACCAAAGACAGACUGACAUUAACAGAUACAAACUGUACAUCACUUAUAUACAAAUCAACUUUUUAUUUAUUUUUUUCAGUUUUUUUGAAAAUAGAAGUAGAAAAAGUGAUUGAAUAUUCAGAUUUUUAUUUAUUUAUAUCCCUUUAAAAAUUUGUUUAAACGAAAGAAUGAAACAAGAAAUGGAAAAGAAAGUAAUAGAAUCGUUUUUCUUUAUAGAACGUAAGAAGAGAGGGAAUGGGUGUAAAAGUCUGUUGUGAGACCAUGCAGACCUGUCACUCAAAGGACAAAAGGGGGGACAGAAAAAGGGGUUCAGAUUUGGGCAAGUCCACUCAACAACUCCCCAAAAACUAGUCCAACCCCUCAGUGACUGUCUCUGAGCAUGAGGAAAUUGACACAAAACAAGAUGGCUGCCACCAAAG